AUGGCUGAGUGGCGUCGUGUAACUGAAAAAGACGCCACCACCACUGGCGACCGACCACCACACGAUUGCGAAGAAAGGAACGACGAUGACGACGACGACGAGAUAGCCUGGCUUAGUAGUCCAGAGUGGUUGGGCCGCCAUGUCCACAAACACAGCUACGAGCGCCCAACCAACGAUGGUGACGGUGGUGGCGGUGGUGGUGGCGACGAGUUCGUGCUUUGA